ACCAUUUCACGACUCGACGGUGAUGAUGAUGCAACGCGGAGCGCUGUUCAGCUGUUGAAUCCGGGGUGAUGAAAUAGGCGCGCGACUGAAUGAUACAUGAGUGAAGGGACUGUGAUCCCCUCCUUCUUAUAUAGCCCUCCCGUAAGUUCUGUAGCCGGACUUUUAACUGCUAUACAGGCACAGGAAAGUUAUGCUGAAUUCAGUCAGCUAAACUAUUGGAUAUUAUCUCAACUUAAUUAGCUCACUCAAUCCUAUGGUAUGUUGUCACUGCCGAACCUGAACACACUACUCUGCGUCUGUCUAGCCAGCCUUUUCCUCGUGGUGCUGGACGCCAGUCCUGUGAGGACCAUCACCAAACAAGAUGUGGAGGCACGAAUUUUGGAUGCAAUCACAAAAGAUUUCCAAAGGAAGCUAGCAAACUACGGAACAGACUAUACACAAUCCAAUAGAGAGCCAUUCCGACAUAUAUGGAAAGGCAGUGAUAAUGAAGAAAUGGCUAGCCACCGUGUAAAGAGAAUUG